AUGGCGAGGAGAAGAACAAAAAAGAGAACUCAUGUGGGUGCCAACAAUCCCGAGACGGCUUCUGCCGGUCAUGCGACGGCUCGCGACCCCAAGAGCAUGGUCAUCCGUAUCGGAGCAGGUGAAGUCGGUUCCAGCAUCAGUCAGCUGGCUACGGAUGUGCGCAAGGUCAUGGAGCCCGGCACGGCCAGUAGGUUGAAGGAGCGAAGAGGAAACAAGUUGAAGGAUUACGUCGUCAUGUGCGGUCCUCUUGGUGUGACACAUCUUAUGUUGUUUUCGCGGUCAGAGAGCGGCAACACAAACUUGAGAAUGGCUCUGGCGCCACGAGGUCCGACGAUGCAUUUCCGGGUCGAGAAGUAUUCGCUUUGCAAAGAUGUACAGAGAGUUCAGAAGCACCCGAGAGGCGGCGGCAAGGAAUUCCUGACUCCUCCUUUGCUGGUCAUGAACAACUUCACUACUCCCGGUGCCGACUCCAAGUCCAAGGUCCCGAAACAUCUCGAAUCUUUGGCAACCACCGUAUUCCAGUCACUAUUCCCUCCGAUUAAUCCUCAGCAAACACCUCUCAAGACCAUCCGACGAGUGCUUCUCCUGAAUCGCGAGCAAUCCGCAGAAGAUGACGGCACAUUCAUUGUCAAUUUCAGACAUUACGCCAUUACCACAAAGUCCACCACCGUGUCAAAACCUCUACGGCGAAUCAAAGCAGCGGAAAAGUUGAUGGCGACCAAGUCAAGUAGGCAAGGACGGAUGCCCAACCUCGGAAAGCUCGAGGACAUUGCCGACUACAUGAUUGGAGGUGAAGCUGGAGAUGGCUACAUGACAGACGCUACGAGUGGCAGUGAAAUGGACACAGACGCCGAGGUUGAAGUGGUCGAUAAUGCUCCGCGACGAGUAAUGUCAACAAAGGCACGACUAGCGGCUGAAGAAAAUGGCGAAGAGCCCGAAGAGGAGGCAGAAAACGUUGAGCGAAGAGCAGUCAAACUCGUCGAACUCGGACCGCGCAUGCGCCUACGACUAACCAAGGUCGAGGAGGGUCUUUGCUCCGGCAAGGUCAUGUGGCACGAGUACGUACGCAAGAGCCGCGAGGAGAUUAAAGAACUGGAAAAGCGGUGGGAAAAGAGAAGACAAGAAAAGGAAGCACGGAAAAAGGAGCAAAAGGCUAAUGUUGAGAGAAAGAAGGCAGAGAAGGAGGCUAGAAAGAAGAAGUCUGGCGAUGGUGAGGAUGACGAUGAUGACGAGGAAGAGAAUUACAGUGAUGUCGAUUUUGAUGAUUUUGAUAGUGAGGGCUUGGCAGGGGAUGCUGAAUUCAUGGCCAAUGAACAGAUGGAAGAGGAUGGAGAGUGGGAGGAUGAAAGGGAGGAAAUUGGACGGGAGUAA